AUGAAAUAUUUUAUUGUACAUGCACACCCUGAUAGUCAUUCUCUUACUUCAUCCCUGAAAGACGUGGCUGUACAAGAGUUGGAAUCGCAAGGUCAUGAGGUUAAAGUUAGUGAUCUUUAUGCUCAAAAGUGGAAGGCCUCAAUAGACCGUGACGACUUCGAGCAACUUUCGCAAGAAGAGAGGUUAAAAAUACCCCAAGCUUCUUAUGAAGCGUAUGCCAGAGGAGCAUUAACAAAAGACGUAAAUCAGGAACAGGAAAAACUUAUUUGGGCGGACUUUGUCAUUUUGUCGUUUCCUAUAUGGUGGUCUUCUAUGCCGGCUAUCCUCAAAGGUUGGGUCGAUCGCGUUUUUUCUUGUGGGUUUACUUAUGGAGUUGGAGAGCAUAACAAAAGUCGAUGGGGAACUCGUUACGGAGAAGGAGUUUUUUCAGGAAAGAGAGCAAUGCUGCUAGCUACAUUUGGAGGCUCAGAGAGCCAAUAUUCAGCGAGAGGUAUUGGAGGGCCCGUUGAAGAUGUGCUGUUUCCAAUCAAUCAUGGAAUUUUAUACUACCCUGGCUUUACGGUGCUUCCGCCCUUUGUGGUUCACAAUACUAUUUCAGUUACAGAAAAACGUUUUCAGAGACUUUCAAAUGAGAUGCGUCUGUACCUCAAGUCUAUUGACUCGACCAAGCCAAUAUCCUACCGCAAACAGAACUACGGCGACUAUCUUAUUCCAAGCCUAGUCUUGCGUGACGAUAUCAAACCUGGCGCCAAAGGCUUUGGUAUCCACAUAGGUGAUGCUCAAAGCGAAGCCUGA